AUGAAAGCAUCUCAUAGACUCGAGGUCUUGUCGCUUUAUCGGGGCAUUCUCAAGGAAGCAUCUCUAUUUUUUGAUUCAGACGCAAGAAUCUAUCUAAAAGAACGUACAAAGGAAAGAUUUAGAGCACACAAAGACGAAAUAAAUGUGCAACGAAUCAAAAACCAACUUGCAGAUGCUAGGAAGGCAUUUCAUCAGCUGCAAAGAGCAAAUGUAUACGACGUAAAAUCUGUAAUGCGUAUUUUGGAAUUUUCUUAUGGUAGACGAGGCAAGAAAAAACAUGAACUUCUCAAACCUUUCAUCUCCUUUCCAUCCGCCGCACCCGCACCUCUUAUUUCGCGUGUUCCACGCACCGCACCGCCCCGUAUCCCACCUCCUCUCCGCGCACUGCUCGCCUCACAAGUAAAAUCAAUUGAUCCCAUUCUUCCUAUUCCAAAGCAUAAACCACUUCACCCGCGCCGAGAGGCUAAUUUGCGAUGGAGACAUUUUUCGAAAAUAACCAAACAGGUGUUGCCACCCUUGCCUCAAGAUGUGGUUAGAGAGUUGGAAGAGAAGGCAGGGAAAAAUUUGGGGAAUGCGGAAGUAGAAGAGAGGAUGAAUGAUAGGCGGGAGUUGGGCGAGAAGGAAAAGAAGUAUCUGGAUGAGAGGAGAGAAACAGAGGAUGUACCAAGGUCACCGAGAGACAAAGUUAGAAAUGGAGAACCAUAUCAUGUUGGGCGACCGCAUACCCCAAGAUCAAGAUUAAUUAGGAGAUUUUAUCAAAAAUUGUUGGCCCAAGUUCCAGUUAUGCAUAUGUCGAUAACUGAUAAAGACAAGAAAAAUAGCGAAGAAAGCCGAUCAACGAAUCAUCAUGAAACUCAUUCUCUCGAAGUUUUGAUAAAUAUGCCAAACGUACAAUACAAGUUUAGUAAAUCUGCCUGGGCAGACAGAAGACCAUUACCUCUUGUGAGCUGUGAGGAUAGAGAAGGAUUAGAAGACAACGAAUUAGAAUCGAAAAGGAAGGAUAAAGGGAAGACAAAGAAUGAGCGUAGAGAAUCAGGACCACUAAAGAAUAUUAAAAAGAGUUAUGUGUAA